CAUAAACCCGACCCGAGUCGCGCCCUUUCUCUUUUGGGGGUCUUCGCCCCGUUCCAAGCGCUCGCUCGCUCGCUCGCUCUUCAUCGAUGCUUCUUCGUCUCCUUCGCGGCUCCUCCUCCUACACCUCAAAACCCUUCUCCUCUCCCCUCCCAAACCUCUCUCUUCUCCCCAUUUCCUCUUCCUCGAGGACGAAGGCGACGACGAUGGGCGCGAGAACCCUAGAUCAGUACUCGGCGACGCGGAGGUCCCCUCCUCGUCGUCGUCGUCGUCGUCGCGGAUCGAUUGCGUCUCCAAAAUUGAUGAGGAAUAGUGGCCCGAAAUUUGCUUCGGUGGAACCUGAAGAACUUCCUUUUGACAUAUGCAAGACAGAAAGCAAUGAUUCCCUAACAAAGAUAAACCGAGAAAUGAUCAAAGAACUCGAAGGUCCCAAGAAUAGUCUCCAUCAGAACAUGCACUUGAGAUCAGGGAUGGUUCUAUUGAAGAACUUCUUAGACCAUCAUAAUCAGGUAAAAAUUAUUCAAAAAUGUCGAGAUCUUGGUAUUGGGUCAGGAGGAUUCUAUAGGCCAAGAUUUAGAGAUGGUGCAAAGUUGCAUCUACGGAUGAUGUGCUUAGGAAUGAAUUGGGACGCUGAGUCGAGAUUGUAUCAAGACGAACGUCUGAUAGAUGGUGCCAAAGCACCCAAUAUUCCACAGGAAUUUAGUGAUCUGGUUGAUAAAGCGAUUCAUGCCUCUCAUGACUUUUUGAGAGAAAAAUAUAAAAACAUUAAUGUUGAAGCUGAAGUUCCGAAGAUGUCACCAGAGAUAUGCAUUGUGAACUUCUACAGUAACUAUGGAAGGCUUGGUCUUCAUCAGGAUAGGGAUGAGACGAAGGAGAGCCUGCAUAAGGGAUUACCUGUUGUUUCUUUCUCAUUGGGCGAUUCUGCCGAGUUUUUGUAUGGAACGAACAGAGACGUAGCUAGUGCUUGUAAAGUUUUGCUUGAAUCGGGUGAUGUCUUGAUCUUUGGUGGUAAAUCUAGGCUAAUAUUUCAUGGAGUUUCAUCAAUUUUGCCAAGUACAGCACCGAAACAGCUCAUAGAUGAGGCGAGUCUACGACCUGGUCGUCUUAAUUUAACUUUCAGACAAUACUCUCCAUCAUUUGUCCGCUAAAAAUUUUUCUUUAAUGUACUUCAUUUUGUAAUUCGACAUUCUGUUUGUGUACUGCUGUUUACAGUAAUCUUCUAGUCGACAUUUUUGUAGAAAGAUGAUUGCCUUUUUGUGCUAAUAUGUUCUUCUUAGUCUUACUCUAAAUAUGAUUUUAUUGAUGAUUAUGCUUAUAAUGUAAGAAAAAGAGAAGAAAGAAAAUGGUUUCUUGUG